AUGGAAGCUUGCUCCUCUCAAGGGAAAUUUAAUGUCACCACGUACAAUGCCGUGGCAAUGGCCAUCAUCACCCUCCAGACAUUUGCUGGCAUGUGGAUAAAUGCUUUCAUUGUUUCUGUGCUUUGUGUUUCUUGGGUGAAAAAGAGAAGCUUUAACACCAAUGAGAAGAUCUUGCUCCUCCUGGGAUGCUCCCGGGUUGGGUACUUGUGCACUGCAUGGGUAGGUUCCUUUAUUGAAAAUAUUUACUCCUUUUGCGUGUAUGUUCACCAGAAAAUCCAAAUAAUUUCAGCUCUUCUAAGCUUUUUCAACAUUUUCAGCCUAUGGAUCUCUGCCAUUCUUUCUGUGUUUUACUGCAUCAAAAUUGCAAAUUUCCAGCACACCUUCUUCAUCUACCUGAAAGUGAGAAUUGACAGGAUCGUGCCAUGGCUGAUGCUGACUUCAGUCCCUGUAUCCCUUGGUGUCAGUGUCUUUGUCUACAUUGUCAUAGAUGAAGCACGCUGUGACAACAACAAUUGCACCACCUCAGGAUAUUUGUGGCAUCUGACUGUCAGACCUGAGCUACAUUUUUUCCCUCUUUAUUUUUUCACUGGUUUUGUAUAUGCAACUGCAUUUGCAGCAGUAAUCUCUUCUGCCCUUCUCCUGCUCUUUUCUCUCUGGAGACACAAACACAGGAUGCAGACAAAGUCAGGGAAGAACGUCAGUGUGGAUGCCCAUAUCAAAGCCAUGAAAUCAAUUCUCUCCUUUUUCUUCAUUUACACCUUCAACUUCAUAAUUUUAACCCUUUCACUGAUUUAUUCCCUGAAGAAGGAAAAGGCUGUGAUGUUUUUCAUUACAUUCUUUCUAUAUAGUUUUUCAGCAGCUCAUUCCCUUAUCCUUAUAUUCAGCAAUCCCAAACUGGAAAAGACACUGCUAAGAACCCUCUCCUGUCUGAAGUGCAAAAUUUGCAUGAGGCAUGAAACAUAA